AUAAGAAGUAAUAAAAACCUAAUCGUGAAGUAUGUUCCAUCUGGACUUAAUCCAGCAGAUGUUGCAACACGACCGAGUACUUCAAAAGAAGAGAGAAAUAAGUGGUUGGAUGGACCUGCCUUCUUACGACACGAUCCAAAGGCCUGGCCCAAGAGCCCAGGUAUUGAAGUUUCUCUUCUGUUGGGGGAGGGUCUGUCUAACACAGAAAAUCAUCAAAAAGAUAAAACAUUGCCUACCAAAUCAAAUCCUGUAACAAACUCAGAUCCUCAAUUACAAGAAAUAAGACAGUUACAACAAACAAUGUUCCCGGAAGAAGUGCAAGGGAAGAAAACGAGUUUAGCUCGCAACCUAGGUUUAUUCUGUGACACAAAUGGAAUCUUACGAUGUGACGGUCGUCUCACAAAUUCAGAUUUAUCCUUCAACGCAAAACAUCCCAUUCUCUUACCGAAAGAAUGUGAAUUCACAGAAAAACUCAUAAAAGAAACUCAUGAAAAGAAUCUCCAUGUAGGAGUACCUCACACUUUAAGUCUUAUACGUCAGAAGUAUUGGAUACCUCAAGGUAGAACUAGAGUCCAAAAAACAUUAAGUAAAUGUCCAAGAUGUGUAAAACACGGAGGAGGUCCGUAUGAAUUACCCAAGACUCCUGCAUUACCGGUAGAGAGGGUGAAGUAUACGACUUCAUUCGCUUACACAGGGGUAGACUAUUUUGGACCAAUGAUUGUGAGGACGGAAAACGGUUUAAAGAAAAGAUGGAUCUGUCUGUUUACGUGUCUUGUAAUAAGGGCGAUACACCUAGAAGUCGUCAAGGAUCUGACGACUAACGAAUGCCUCAUGGCAUUUAGAAGAUUCAUUGCUACAAGAGGAGCUCCGACUCUUAUUAUAUCUGACAAUGCCUCGCAGUUUAAAUUAUUGGGAGAAGUAUUGUCAGAAGAAAGAAAUUUUAUAACUAACAUAAAAUGGAAAUUUAUUCCACAGCUCGCACCGUGGCAUGGUGGAGCUUAUGAAAGACUAGUAGCAAUUGUAAAGCACUGUUUAAAGAGAACACUUCAAAAACACAUGCUUGAAGACAAUCAACUGUUAACCAUAAUUAAAGAAGCAGAGGCGGUUAUUAAUACUAGACCCCUCACAUAUGUGGGAUCAAAUGUAGAACACAUACUUAAACCUGCAGAUUUCCUAACGACAGGAAAGUGUUUAAGUAUAGAAAUACUCAUAGAAAGUUUACCACUUUCAGGUUCACUUAUAAAACAACAACUUAUUGAAGGUUGGAAUCGCGGAAACAUGAUAAUGGAUGAAUACAAAGAAAUGUUUAUUAACCAGUACUUACUUAGUCUCAGAGAAAGAUAUCGAAAUUCACCUAAACAAGCAAGGGUGAGAUCUCAGAAAAACCCAAAGGUGGGAGAUAUAGUACAAAUAAAGAGUGAAGCUAAAAAUAGAGAAGGAUGGAAGGUAGGAAAGAUUUCAGAAUUAAUAAAAGGAAAGGAUGGAUUGUGCAGAGUUGCAAAAGUAAAAGUAGGGGACAGUGUGUUCACAAGAUCUAUUGCACAUUUGUAUCCUCUGGAAGUGGAUGAGGAUGUAUCAUUCCAAGAUCCUACAAGGGAAUCCCUAGUAAAUGAGGAUAAAACAACAUACUUUGAUACUGAAGAUCUCCCUCAGACCUUACCUUUAAGGACUAAAGAGAGUAACACGUACGUCCCUACCUGCACAAACGAUUCUAAGGAAGAUCAUCACAUAUUAAAAGAGACAAAUGAAAACGACUUGACAAUGGACCAAGGAGAACUGUUGGAAGGCACAAAUUUGAUACAAAACAGGGAAAUUGCUCCAGAACAAGUUCCUUCUGGGUCAGAAACUGAUAUAAAUAAUGAAGAGUCGUCAAAUCAUCAAAUUGUAUCGACUGAUCAACGUCGAGCAGCCGCGGUCCAGGCUAUGGAAAGAAUCCAUAGAUGGACACAAGAAUUAAUGUCAGCCAUUAAUUAAGAUCCAGAGGGGGAGUGUCGCGAAGUACGCGAUGAUUGUAAAUAAUAGACAGCAACACUUAAGCCCGGAAACGUAAAAUAAAGAACAUGAAAUUUAGUCUAUGGUCUGGAGUAGAACGUGGUCUAUGUUGGCCGCUGGCGUUGGGGAACGCUGGAGAUCUUGAGUCACACCGAGUCCAACUUAAUUAAGGUAAGGAUGACAAUAUUCCUCUCAUACUACAGAAGCCUCAAUUACAAUAAUGCCAUAGUAUGUCUAUCAACCAAUCAAUUAACUAAAUCAUAAAGCGA